GGGCUGUAAUCUGAGAGGAGCUGGUGUAUUAUUAACAGGACUCCUCGCGCACCGCUGCAGCCAUCCACAUGUUGCGUUUGCGGCACCAACUAAAGUCGGAAGUUGAAUGGUUUCCACUCAGAAGCCAGCUUUUACUCUAAAAGCAUCGUGGAGCCUGCCAGGCACCACAGGAGGAGUAUACUUCUACCACUUUUUACACCACUUUGGCUGGCUUGAGCACGUCGAGGACUGCCACAUGAAAGUAAACUGGGCAGCUGUUUCAAAUGUUUCCCUGCCGACUGAAGUAGUCACAAAAACGGACCCUUGUGUGUGGUGUGAAGUGGUCGUGUGAGUGCUUUUGGACAACAUGAUGGCUUUUCUGCACUUGCUACUGUGUGCGGGGAUGUUACCGAUGUAUGGAGCCUACUAUAGCGGACCUUUACAGCCAGAGAUGUCUAACGGCACCUUUCACCACUACUUCGUGCCGGACGGCGACUACGAGGAGAACGACGACCCGGAGAAAUGUCAACUGCUUUUCAGAAUGACCGACGAGCGAAAGUGCGGUCCAGACGAGGACCAGGACUCGGUCAUCCGGGACGAUUUCACAAUCAUCAAGCGGCAGAUUGAGGACUCUGCCCGGGUGUUGGAGGGGAUAGGCAGAAGCAUCUCAUACGACUUGGACGGAGAGGAUAGCUACGGGAAGUACCUGCGGAGAGAAACCACGCAGAUCAGCGAGGCGUUCACAAACUCGGAGAAAUCUCUGCUGGAGCUGGAGGUGAAGUUCAAGCAGAGCCAAGAGAGCGAGCUGAAAGAGGAGCACCGGCUCAGCGACGACUUCCUCAACAUGAUAGUCAACACUCGGGACGCCCUCAAGGAGACUUUGGACAUUUCUUUGGGCCUGAAGGACAAACAUGAGCUGCUCUCCCUCAUCAUCCGCAGCCACGGUACACGGCUCAGUAGACUGAAGAAUGAAUACAUGAAAUACUGACUACUAAGUAAUCCCUACCUUCUACUUGGUUUAUUUAGUUACUUAGUUACUUUUCUGAGCGUUAAUAGGGGUUGUAAAUCAAUCCAUCACUCACACACCAUUAUGACCACAACGCCCAAGUGCCCUCUACAAAGGUAUGAGGCUCAGUUUUGACAAUGUCUAUAUUAUGGUAUGGUUUAUUUGUUUCAAACAUGGCAAACAAGUAACAUUCAGGAACAUCACAUGGCUACACUUACACAAUUCCGCAUGAAAAGUAGUAGGAAGAAGCAGAUCUUAUUUAAUCCUGCCCCUUUCUACAUAUCUGUUAUUGAUAAAUUAUUCCCACCAUAUCUUUUACAUGCGUAUAUUUAACUUCCUGUGUAAAGUGUCACCGUUUUCUAAUUAAAGAGAAAAGAAUAGAGCAUGUUCAGUAAUGAAUAGAUAGCUUAUGCACGCAUUAAAUCAUACUGAGAGUUGCCUCUAUAUUGAUAUAUAUCUAUAUAUCUUAUGUGACUAAACGCAGUAAACACAAUGCAAUGAGUCUCUUAUGAGCUUCAAAUGGACCCGGGCCGCACUUUGGACACCUUACAGGUGCGUCUAGGUGCUUUUUUUUCAGUAAAUUGUAGUUUUACUCACCUUAUGUGUCAGGUUUGAAACAGCUUACUUCCUCACAAAGUUCAUAUAAGUUUCAUAUAAGAUUUUUUUUUAUUAUUCUAUGGAUGUUGUGCACUUUACAUUAUCAUCAUAUAGAACUGAUGCAAACUUCCACAAUAUCAAUGCUGUCAUAAUUAUAAUAACCCAAAAUAUGUUUAAAAUAAUUGAAAGUCUGCUUGUUCCUGUUAAAUUCAAGACUAUUUAGCAGCAACGGUACCUGACUUUCAUUACAUAUGUGGAUAUGCACCAUGUUCAAAUGGAAUCAUAAACUGCAAUGUGUUUGGAUUAUGGAAGAAAUAGUAUAAUGUUUCAAAAAAAUAUCAAACUUAAAGAAGUAUUAGGCAGUUUGAGGGACAACCCCCCACCCUCCACUCCAUCGCUCUUGAUCAGUUGAGGAAAUGGCUGCAAAUUCGGCAAUAGAUAUGUAAGUUUAACAAAACAUAACAAAGCACAAAGGACAUAUGUGUUUUUCACACUUUGUAUUUUGAAAUGCAUGGAUAACAUUGCCAUAGUAAUGUUUGGCCCUCUUGGCCACAUCAGUACACCAAAACUACACAUUUUCUUGUUGGAUUGUCUUUUUUAAGGUCAGUGUGUUCAGUAUUGUUUGUAUUCCUGUUAAACUGCCGCUUCUUGAAGUAUGGUCACAGAGUAACACCAAAAUGUGCUGGACUCAGUGAUCCUAAAACGUUACUCACUGGAGGACGUAUUUUCAGGAACACAAGGUAAACAGAUGGGAAGAAUAAAUUCUUAUCUUCUGACAUUCGGGGUGAAUGUUUCCAGGGUAUGACGGGAUGUUUACAUGCAGUAUUGAUACAGUUGUUGUUUUGCUUCAUCGGCCAGCAGAUGCUGCACGGUUCUUUACUGUUCUGGUGCUAAAUGUUUAGCUCAAAGUGCUAGGCCGACAGAGGCAAUACAAAAUGCACAGUGUAUUUUUGCAAGUACUACGUAAAUACUGUGAGUGCCAGUAAAUAUAUUACAGAA